CACUUGGGUUUCUGUGGAAACUCAAGGACAUAAAGGCAAAAGUUUGAGUCUUUGUUCUAUAAUUAUCUUGAAUUGAAAAUUUGGUGCCUUUCUUCUUUCUUGCAUUUGCUUGGAAUUACAAUGAAAAUUUCCUUUCAUUGUUUUUUGGUUGUUGAAGGGUUUGAGCAUGAGGAAAAAGGUGAUUUUGCAACCUCACCAAAGCAUUUCAGAGUUGCUUGGGUGAAGCUGAUGACUUUGUGCAUUGCAGGACUACAACAAAAUGGUGCAACUACAUCUAUUCGUGGACUUUGAAAUAGAAACAAGGUGACUGUUUGUGCGUGAAUAAAGGCUUGCCAUUGCCCUUGGUGCUGAUGUGGGACAGAGCCAGUGUAUAUGUACAGAAGUUGCGAACAACACAGAAUGUUGACCGACUUUGAAGGUGUUACAAGAAAAAACGAAGUAGGGUUCUGCGUUUGGACUAGCAAAGAGUUCCACCAGUACCAGGUUGUUGGGAGGAAGCUCCCUACGGCAUCUAUUGAGCACCCUAAGAUUUACCGAAUGAAGCUCUGGGCCACCAAUGAGGUUCGCGCCAAGUCCAAAUUCUGGUAUUUCCUUAGGAAGCUGAAGAAGGUCAAGAAGAGCAAUGGCCAAGUGCUUGCCAUUAAUGAGUGGUUCCUCCUCAACUCUCCUCCUGGCUUAAUCCAAUUUGUUGUCAAAGGAGGCUGUGUCAGAGGCAUCCCCUUGAAAUCACCAGUUGAUUUGGAGACGUGACAUGAAGCAGAAACAGGGAAGGAAAUCUCAUAUGAAAUGGGUAUUUUAUGUUGGAGUGAUAGUAGUUGUCAAAAAUGGCAUCAAAGCUUGGCAAAUCUAUGCUUGAUGGGGUUGGUAUUACGAUUUGAUCAGUGAUGGGACGUUUGGUUAAAUCCCAAGCAGGGAAUGCAUUCUUUGCCAUAGUUCCCGGACAGGUCCUCUUGGCUUCCCUUGAUGCUAUCAGUAAGUUGAUUAGGGUUCUAUAACCUAUAGGUGUUUAUA